UAUUAUGUAUGUAACAAUUUAAUUGAUUUCAAGCUUUCAACCUCAAGUUUCCUGCCAGAAUAACAAAUAGAAUUUUCUGCCAAUUACUAUUACAGUCAUGUUACUUUUAGAGCGUAUAAUGGUCAUCGGGAUAAGCAGUGAGCUUUAAUUCCGAGUCUUCAAGCAUGUUAGAUGUGGGACCAGAAUAUUUGGACAUGUUGCUGCAAUCCGGCCGGUAUGAGGAAUUCAGUAAACAUAUGAAAAUUGAGGAUGUCGACUUAGUCCGACCAACUGAAGGAAAAGAUGACUGGCAGCCAAUGUUCAAUAAAGGGUUAAAAUAUGGAGAUAUUUUGCUAUCAAAGGAACAACUCGAAGAGGAACGUCAAGGUAUUCGUCAUGACGGAGGGUAUAAAUGGCCUAGAAACAAAGUUCCCUACGCAAUUUCUAGCACAUUCUCUGUCACUCAAAGAAGAGCAAUCGUAAAAGCUAUUGAGGUGUGGAAUAAUCAAGUUCAAUGUGUCAAAUUUGUUCCUAGAAAACAAGGAGACAAGGAUUAUGUUUUAUUCUUUCCUGGAAAAGGAUGCUAUUCCUACAUGGGCCGUAGAGGUGGAAAACAGCCAAUUUCCCUAGAUACCACGGGAUGUCUCAAAGAAUCAGUUAUCUUGCACGAAUUGGAUCAUGCUAUAGGAUUUGCUCAUGAGCAGAGUCGCUUUGAUCGUGAUAAAUACAUUAAUGUUCUCUACGAAAACAUACCUGAAGAUAUUCGUCCUCAAUAUGCAAAAACCGAUUCUAAGCAAUUCAAUCUGCAAGGUAGCUAUGAUUACUACUCCCUGAUGCAUUAUCCUGUUAAUGUACCAGGAACUAAUAAACUAGCAUUCACGGUACUCGACAAAAAUAUUAACUUAUCUUUGAUGGGACAUGCAAAAGGACUUACUCAAAUGGAUUUACAGAAAAUACGCAAGCUCUACUGUUAAUGAAAUGUCUGACAUCAGCUCAAACACGAAGUUGCCGUUUCACCUUUUAUUUCCUACUUUUCUUAAAAUAUUUUCUCUAUAAACUAUUUCCUACAAAUAUAGCUUUCUCCUCUUCAGAUUAUGUAUU